AGUAUUUAAAGAUCAAAAAUAUUAAAGAAAUUGUUAAAAACCCUUAAAGGCUACAUUAAAUAGAGUCUGAUCAAAGAUCAAGCUAACUACAAGAUGGAAAUAUUUUCAAAAUUUAAAAGUUAACCAAAAAUGGAUGGUUUCCACAUCAUCCUGCUUCUUUUUUGCACUUUCGGAACAGUUUGGCAAGUGCAGGGCGAUUGUCGCAUAGCUCAGUAUAUGGUGGAGCAAACAAAUCGCAUAUUCACCUAUUGCGAUGCCAGUGGCUCCAUACAAUUGCAGCGCAGGGAAACCGUACCAACCGGAGUCACUCUAAAGAUGUAUUGCAAUCCCUCGGAUAUGGUGGAGACUCAGUGUCUGGACAAUGGACAGUUCUCCAAUCCGUUGCCCAUGCGAUGUGGCAAUCCGAUGCAGCCAAUGUUGAUGCUGAUUCGGGAUAAUGAUUGUCCAGGAAGCUUGUAUUCCGUGGGUUAUACGAUUCAGGGACGCAACUUGGAGCUGUAUCGCACCUGUUUCGAUGCACGACUUGGAAGGGUUUUGUACUCGCAAAGCGAUGUCUAUUACAAGACUUUCUUCCCCAGAAGACCAUUUGUGGAAUUUGUGGCUGAUCAAAUGUUCAGUCCCCUGGAGGCUUCAGCCUACUUAAAGUCCAACAUAUACUUUGCCUUCAAGUCCAUCUAUGGCGAUGGCCAGACCUAUUUGCCAAAUGUUGUGGCUUUGAUAAUCAACCGAGGUCAUUUGGUGGCUUCGGCGGACUUUCUGUUCGUAGAUCAAAUGGGCAGCACCUUUCGCUAUUUGAAUGUGGUGCCACAAUUCAAGUCGAUUAACGAUGGCAACUGGGAGAAAAUCGAACGCUGGGUUCGCAGUCAGGUGCCGCCAUCGAGCUAUUUCCGUGUCAAGUCCGGGGGUAUUGGCAUCCUGGCAUUACGCGAUGUCCAUGGUGCCUAUCAGGCGGCCUUCCUGGCCGGCUCCAAGAUCCCAGUGCCGGAGUGGACAUACAAGGUGGUGCGUGAUGACAAUGGCAAUGGACUUUACGUCUUCCUUACCUACAAUAAUAAUUUCGAAAAUGAAAGGCCACAAUGCCUGGAUGUGUGCAAACAAGUAAACUGCCCCUUGAGUCUCCCGAAUAACCCAUACGAUGGAUUUACCUUCUGCUGCGAUCCCAAGCAGUUUCCAUUCUGAAUAAUGAUGCCACCCCCUUUAUGCAUAUUUUAGAAAGGACUCUUUGCCCAACUGGCCUGCGUAAUAAUCGCCGUUUGAAUAAUUUAAUAUUUUUAUUUAACGGACGCACUUAAGCUGAAAAUGUGAAAAUUCGUUGUCUAAGAGGGCAUACA